UCCGGCCUGUGCGGUUCUGUCAUGUCUCAUCCUCCCUGCCAGGUUCGGGCUUUCUCCAGCCGCAAGGACAAGCCUCCCAAGGACACGCUCCGUCACAUAAAGAGACGCGAGAAGCGCCAGGAAGUCGACCAGAGCAAUGGGCCCGCCACAGUCUAUGUGCAAGUAGCCGGGGCCGGCAGCCGGGACUCAGGCGCCUCUGUCUAUGUCUUUUCCGAGUUCAACAGGUAUCUGUUUAACUGUGGCGAGGGAACACAGAGAUUGAUGCAGGAACACAAAUUGAAGAUAGCACGGCUGGACAACAUUUUUUUGACCCGAAUGGACUGGGCCAAUGUGGGGGGCUUACAGGUUAGUUCAACAGAAUGGUUUCUGGAUGUUCUCUCUGGCCACACAAUGACGGGGGCAUUUGAAGUUGUAUAUUUGAGUAAUAUACAGAAAUGCAUCUGAAAUAGUAUUCAACUUGAUGUAGUAGGGCUGGUGCGUGGAGUUUUGUUGGUAGAAUUAGGAGAC